UGUGACCAGCAUUAGACCAACAACAGUCUUUUAACCUUCUUUGACUUCUCUCUCUAUCUCUUGUUGUCUUUUCUUUUUAUCUUCUUUUGGGUUCUGAAACCAGCAUUCGCCUUCACUAGCUGCCUCGGCUUGCUCUUCAGGUCAGAGGCCAAAAAAGAAACAGGUGUAAAUCAAGGCCUGUUCUGUCAGAGAAAAACUUACAUAUGAAUAACCAAGGAAGUCAAAACGUUGCAACAUGCAAGCCCGUCACAACAUUCGUCCACACAGACACCAACACUUUCAGAGAAAUCGUGCAGCGCUUGACAGGUCCAUCAGAGAACAAUGCUGCAGCAGCAGUACCAGAAGCAACAGCGGUUAAAUCCGCCACACAACAAAAGAAGCCGACGACUUCUAAACUCCAUGAGAGAAGGCAAUGUAUGAUGAGGCCAAAGCUUGAAAUUGUCAAACCUCCUCUGAGCUUUAAGCCCAGUGGUACGACACCAUCAUCUAAAUCUGGUAAUACCAACCUUUUAGCAAGUCCGGUGGGCACCCCUUCUUCAUUGCUCUCUAACCUGUCCUUGAUAGAAGGGGAUAAAGCAGACCCAGAUACAGAAGAAGAAGAAGAGAAAGCCAUUAAAGAGAGACGUUUCUACUUGCACCCAUCGCCGAGGUCUAAACCAGGGUAUACAGAACCAGAGCUGCUUACUUUGUUCCCUUUAACAUCUCCCAAUUCCAGUGGCAGACCAUAAUAUUCGACAUGAGUAAAAUCAUAAGCUUGUUCUCUCUACCUACUACCCCAAAGGCCAUGUGCAUGUAACAUUAUCUCAAUCAAGAUUUGUCUCUGUAACGUUCCAUUGUAGGUUUCAUUACAGUAAACAGUCCUUAUUGAGUCGAAUAUUUGCAAUCCAUCUUGUAUUAACCAAGCGUGACAGCAUGCA